CAUCCACUGGAGUGUUUAAAACUUCUAGAAAACUUUUUUAUAACAUUUACUUGCACACUCCCUCAAAUAGCAUUAUACUGUUUUAUAAAUAAUAUUAAAAUAAAUUUUAAUAUUGUAAAUACCGAUAAAUUUAUCUUGGAAUUUAUUACAAAUAAUAAUCAAAUCCUUUUUCAAAAGUUGAAAAAUAAAAUAGAUGAACUCCACACUAAGUAUAAAGAUCACUUUGAUUUGAGAAAUACAUUUGAUGAUGAAAAUACUACGAAGCAGAUGAGAGACUUUAGAUAA